AUGUCUCAACCCUCCUCAUCCAAAGCCAUCGUUCACAAACCCCCCACUCGGCCAUUGGUAGACAGGCCAUCUGUGAUUCUCUAUGGAGCCAUACAAUCCGAUCCCAACAAGGACUGGCAGACCCAUCUCACAGCCUUGCUCUCCGACCUCCCCAUUACUAUCCUGAAUCCGCGCCGAGAUGAUUGGGACAGCAGCUGGAUCGAAGACAUCUCUUUCGCGCCCUUCAAAGAGCAAGUCCAGUGGGAAAUGGACUACGCGCGCAUAGCCGAUGUCAUUGUUUUCUAUUUCGCAGGUGACGCUAAGGUCUUACAGCCGAUCACGUUGCUAGAAUUGGGACUGUAUGCGGGAACAGGCAAGGCAAUUGUUUGCUGUCCAGAGGGCUUCUGGAAGAGGGGUAACGUACAGAUCGUCUGCGAGAGAUAUGGUAUCGACUUGGUAGAAUCUGUGGGGGAGUUAGGGCACAAGGUCCGAGCAAGAAUGCUGGCCAGGCUUCAUCAGGGUCCACCCUCCACGAAGUCAGCGGAUGCCGUAUGA